GCGACGUGCGUGUCGAAACGACCUGAAUGUUUGUUUAUUGUAUUUGUGCACAGACUGUGUAAAAAUAGCGUGUAUGCAGCUAGCGAUUUGUGAUACGGGAAGACGGGCGCACAUAGAAUCAGUGUUCCGGCAGAAUUUUAAGACGACAGAACCAUUUUGGCGUAACUAUUUCUCUCCACAAAGGAAUUGUUGAUUUACAAGAGAACUCAAGAUGGUGGAAGGAACAGCAUCAUGCAUCAAAUAUUUGAUGUUCAUCUUCAACUUCAUUUUUUUCAUCUUUGGUCUUGGUAUCAUCGUUGGAGGAAGUCUGACAUUGACUCUCUACAGUGAGUAUGUAGACUUCACUGGUAAUACAGGCACAGCUAUACCUAUAGCUCUCAUCUGUAUUGGUGUCUUCAUAUUCCUGACUGGAUUCUUUGGAUGCUGCGGAGCAGUCAAGGAGAACUACUGCAUGCUGGGAACGUAUGCUUUCAUCAUGGUCCUUCUUCUAAUCUUGGAGCUUGCUGCUGGUAUCUCUGGCUAUGUCCUUCGUGAUGACAUUGAUAAGCUGGUCGAUGACAACAUGACUGACCUUCAGAAAGAGUAUAACUCAUCUACUUCAACGCAACAACUCUUUGAUAACAUGCAGAAGAAUUUGGAGUGUUGUGGGAGAAACAACUACACAGAGUGGUUCGGCUUCAAUGUUAAUAAGACGAGCGGAAUAAACAACAACAUGGUACCAAUGUCAUGCUGCAUUAUACAAGAAGAUGGCUGUAACAUGGAUGUGUCCUCUGAUCCAUAUGUAGCAGGACAAAAUAUUUAUGUAUCCCCUUGCUACAAUGCACUCAAAGAUCUUCUGCUUCGUAACAUUGGAAUUAUUGCUGGAGUAGCCAUCGGCAUUGCUGUCAUCGAGAUCUUUGGUAUUGCGUUUGGGUGCUGUCUGAUGAGAAAGAUCAAGAAUGAAUACGAGACAGUUUAAGAUGGCCACCAUGGGGGAUGUCUGGGGUUUUAUCUUAGGCUUUCUACCUUCUCUCAUUAUCAACCUUUCUCAUUAUAUCUAAGCCUGUUUUAAAAAGCAACUCUUUUCAAAAUCUAAAUCUAGAGAAAAAAGCUAAUGUUUUGGGAGCUAAGCUCUAUCAAAAAGUGUAUUUACUUUGCUAAUUGAUUUAAUUAACAUGCUAUAAUUUUGCGUUUGUCACUUUGUAUUGAAGAAGGCUUACUUUUAGAAAUGAUCUAAGUUUACAGUACUGCACAAAAAGGGCUUAUAAUACUGAACACUCAUUCUAUUUAUUGAACUUUGUUGUAUACAUGUAGGUAUUUUUUAUGUUGAUAAUGUUAAAAAGAAAUUGCAUGUAGAAGAAAAGCAAUAUUGUUUUGUUCAAACUUAGUUUACUAGAAUGUAUAUAACACUCUGAUAUUUUUUAUUUUUAUUUGAAAAUAAUGAUUUGCAAAGAAUUUCUUUUUAUUUGCAGUGUCAGAUCACUUUGAGUUCUUUAGGAUUGAGUUCAAAAUAGAAAAAUAAAGAAAAAAUUUAAGUUGGAAAUAUAUAUAUAAAAGUGCAAGUAGUAACUGUAAAUUGGAUAUAGUACUGUAAUAUCUCUUCUUUUGUGUUUGUCUUUGUCACUAAAAAAAAAUAAGUUUAAAAGGUGUUCAUGUAGAGGGUGGGGAAAGUGUUGGUUUUGGUAAAUGUGUAAAGUAUAUAACAUUUUAAUUAGUUUAUUCUCAUUCAUUCUAAUAUGUCUUCUGAAGUUUAGAUAAUCUGAUUCCUUUUCCAAGAUUGCUGUAAAAUUUAAGAAGUGUACAAGUGAAAGACCAUGAUAAUGUGUCAUGUACAUGCUUUAUUCUCCAUUGUAACAUAUAUUUCUUCAAAACUCAUAAAAAACACUUGUCGUUCAGUCUUUUGAACAUGUACUGUACUUGUAUCGUUCGUAAAAUUGUAGAAAGAGAGAAUUAUCGGUAGAUGAAUUACAGAUGGGAUGAUAAUGAUUCGGUCUUGUAAUUGUUCGCAAAGUUCAUGAGGAACAACAUGGCUUUGAUAUUAACAGCAUUUUCUUUUUUACUACACGAAUCACCGUACGUUGACUCAGCAGUAUAUAUUUGUGUUUGUAAAUAUGUGUAAUAUGUGCAUGUAUUGUUACAAAAUGAAUCAUUACCAUCAUGACAACAAUUUUAAAGUUACUGAUCAGUUCAUAUUGCUACUACAUAAAUACUUAUGAAGUUUCACGUUCACUUGGUCAGUUAAGUACUUUUGAUCACAAUCCUGCAAGCAGUGAUCACUACUUCUUUAAAGCAUCAGUUAAAACAAAUUUUGAUUCUCUAAAUAUGCUUUAUACUAUUAUUACACAUAGUACUACUACUACUACUACUACUACUACUACUACUACUACUACUACUACUACCCUGUACUUAUACUACCAGUACUCCUCCUCUUCCUCAAGUACUUUAAAUGCAGUAACUACAUGUAUACAUGAUAUUACUGUGAAAUGAUUCACAUGUUGCUGGUAUACAUACCACAUUGGUUACACCAUGUGCUAUGCUAAGAUUGCCCCAAUAGACAGUUGAUAUAUCAAAAACCACACCUGGUUUUAAUGGGUUUCAAAUUGAGUCAUUUAUCAGUGUACACUGCAGUGUCUUGGGUAUUUUGAUACCGUACCCAUACUUGAAAUGUUGUUUCAACAGGAAUAUAGUGCCAUCUAAAUGUUGUAAAUCAUCAUUGUAAUGACUUGUAUUAAAGAGGAAUUAAUGUACAUGUAUGCUAUAAAAUGGAACAUGUUUACGUGUCGAGAAUAAGCAGCACAUUGUGUUAUAGGAAACAUCCUCCUUGGCUUGCCGGCCGGCAUACCAGCAUAUCUUAGAGAGUAUCAUGCAUCAACUCAAUGGGCUUUCUUUAGAAACCUCACAGAGUUCCAUCAUGGAGCUAGUGCAUUGCUUGCUAAUGCAUAGGUACCAAUACUAUAGAUCAUGUAAUGGCCUUGAAUAAUGUGCACUACGUAUGUUAAUUGAAUGGAUACUGUGAGUAAAGAUUGAGUACUUUGAGCAAUGAUAUAUCAUGUACAAAUAUAUAUGACACAAUGCACAUCAUAUUAUUCUAUUUUGUAGUUUCACCAUCUUUGACUAGAUGCUUUUUUCCCAACCAGAAAAUUUCUGUUUGAAUAGUAUUAGAAGUCAACAAUGUCUAAAAGGAUUUAUUCUGUGGUUUCUCAAUCAUAUCGCACUUCUACUCGGUCUCAUAAGGAACAAUAGCUUGUGUAUUUCCUGUAAAAGUGAAGCAAAUACAAUGUAAGGAUACUAUAGUAUAAUGUUUUUGGGGAAGUGAAACUACAUGUUGUAUCGUUGUAAGUAGAGCUGUUGAUCAAUGGCUGUGAAAGCUUCAUGUGUCCUUGUAGCUGUUCGUAUACAUGUCCUACAUGUACAUCAUCAUUGUAAUUCUCUCAAGAGCUGGUUUGUUUCAAGUAUGUUCUUCAUUUGUUCACAACUUAUUUCAUAAUGGUGAUAUAGAGAUGUGCAUUCAAAAGCAAACCAUUUAAAACAUUUAUUUUUCAUGGCAGGGUUUCUCUAAAAGUGUCAGACUCAUAGGAAUUGGGUUUUUCUUUUAAGUAACAUUAAUAGCAAAUAUAUCCUUAUACCAAAGACAUGCGUUUUGAAAAAAGUAACCAUUACCUAACUCAAGUUUCUAUGAAGCCAGCCAGGGCUUUGCUUUUAGCAAGGACAUAUAGCACACAUUUCUAUUGAAAAAUAAGGAAAUAGUGUUAGAUAGGAAUGUUGGAAAUACUAUUCCCUAUCACUUGUGUGUAAUCAUCGAACUGAGGGUAUGCAAAAAUUUCACAACGCGUAACUCACAAAGAAAUGUUUUAUAUUCUCACUAAAUGAUGUGAUCUAUUUUCUUCAGAUUUGUCUAUCAUACUUUUAUACAGAAUACAAAUUAUAUAUGACGAGGGUCUACUAUCCACUUUAGAAAUCAUUAUUAGAUGUAAUAUAUUUUUCUUUAAAUAUCUGGUCAUUUAUACUAUGGGAAUUCAUCUCUUCACAUUUAUUACUCAACGACUAUUGUGACUGCUAAUAAACACCAGAUUUAGUGUCUCUCUA